GGCGCAAGUUCCACUGGGAAGAUGGCGGGUGAAACUGGCUGAGUUUUGCGGUUCGCCAAAUAUGAGUUUUUAUGACGGUAAUCGUGGAACUCGUUAUUGCUAAAAUCUUGGCGUUGUGUUGAAGCGUCACGUGGAGGAGGUGAUGUCUGCCGAAGUUCUCAGACCCGGACCGGUGGCUGGCGGAGGGAGUAAGCUUGGUGAGCUGAUCGGGAGGCUCCAUGAGUACCUGGCAACCUCUACAGAAGACAAAAAUGGACCAGCACUGCCUGGGCACUGGAAUGGAACCACAUCCAGAGAAUAUCUGGAUGAACAAGCUCGUGUUGCAGAAGAGGCGGGUGGCCCUUCAGAAGUGGGAAUGUUGUCAUCUCGUUCAAGAAGGAAACCAACUGUUGUCACUAAGCACAGCGGGAUGAACGAGUCCGAUGUUUCAUCUGAGAGUGGAGCUGAGGAUGUGAUAUCGGUCCACUCAAGUGACCAUGACACCAACCUCCUACCCAAAGGGACCGUCUUUGUGCUGCCAGAGCCAGUGUGUAAUGAAACUCGUGAUGAUUUCCGUGGUCCAGAAUUCCGCUCUAGACGCAUUCACAAGCAGCACAGAGAUAAUGCUGACCGGCGCAGAGGUGGAUAUGAGCUGGAGAGGGUAAACUGUAGCGCGUGCGGUCAGCAGGUUAAUCACUUCCAACGUGAUUCUGUCUAUAGACACCCUAUGCUUAAAGUACUCAUCUGCAAGAGUUGUUUUAAGUAUUAUAUGAGUGAUGACAUCAGCAAGGAUUCUGAGGGCAUGGACGAGCAAUGCAGGUGGUGUGCUGAGGGAGGCAGUCUAAUCGGGUGCGACUACUGCAGUAAUGCUUUCUGUAAGAAAUGUGUGCUGCGAAACCUGGGGAGGAAGGAGCUGUCCACCAUCCUGGAGGAGGAGAGGAAGUGGUACUGUUAUGUGUGCAGUCCAGAGCCAUUGGUAGAGCUGGUGUUGUCCUGUGACUCUGUUCUCGAGAACCUGGAGCAGGCUCAGAAACGAGCCUCCCGUAAUGAGCCGAACUCUGUUCGGGGGAGAGCUAAGGGGGGUCGUGGUGCAGCCGACCUAUUGGGACCAGGAGGUGGACCCGUACCCUCUGCAGGCCUUUAUCAACGAAUGCAACGCUUUGUAGAUGUUACCACAUCUCUGAGCCAUUCCUUCAAGGCAGUCGUUCAAAGUGAAAAAGACGACGAAGGAAAACUAGAGAGAAUUGGACAGCUUAGGAUGUUUCGAGCUGUACUGGAUGAUUUGCAAGCAGCCAACAGAGCAUUACAGGAAGCCCUGGACCAUGAGCUGACUGGGUCCAAACGUAGAGACAACAAGUCCAGAGCGAAGAGUAGACGAAGGAAGGCUGUAUUAGAACAGAGCUCUGAGCUCACUAAAGAGCUUGUGGUCAAACUCACACCUGUACCUGUCAGCCCAAAACCCAUCAGCAAUACUACUACACCUAUCAUUCUUCCACCACCCGAUGAACAAAAUAUUGGGGUGACGGAUGAUGCACUGGAAGAGAGUGGCACUAAGGUUGAGAUGGAGAAGGAGAUGGAGGAAAUGACAGAGAGUGGAGAGCAGGUGGAGAAUUAUUGUGAUAAUAAUGAUGAAGAAGACGAGGAAGAAUUGGAGGACCAAGAUGACCCAAAAAGUCAUUUAUCAGAGGAGAAUAAACGUUCUCCACGUGUGAAAACCACACCACGCCGCCGCCGAACAAACUCCAAGCCGACUGCUGAGCAUGCCGGUGUAGCUGAAGAUGACUCUGAUUCUGAUGAAGUGCCUGAAGUGCUGCUCCAGACUGCCGCAGCUAUGGCAAACAGUGAGGAAGAGGGUUUGGUGGGCAGCAGUUGGGACGCAGAAGAUGGAAACCAGCAUGUCAGAAAGCAGCGGCUCUUUGGACUGGUAAAAACCACACCGCCAGACAGAGGCUCACGAAAGCGCAAUCUCAAAGAGAGAUCUUCAUCAUCUUCAUCAUCCUCUUCUGCGUCUUCAAGAAGAGGCUCCCAGGACCAGGGGGCGACAGUCAGAAUGACCAGGGGACGAGCCCGCAAAGUGGCCAGAAUGACUGCACAGAGCGGGAGUUCGUCCAGUGAGGUGGGAGGUCAGGAACUAGAGAGUGGGCCAAGCAGCGACUCCGAUGAUCAGAGGAUCAAACCACUGACCGAGGAUGUCACAUUGCUGGGCUCUGGAAAUUUCCAGCAGUCUUCUGGUGAUGAGAUGGACAUCCCUACAGGUCCUCCUUUGUCUGUGGAGGACGAUGAUUUAGAAAAUAGAAUUGCGAGGCAGAUUCUGCUGGCUCAGAUCAGAGCUAACCUAUCCUCCGACUCAGAGCUGGAGUCCAGCUCUGAUGAGCGUUCAGAGAGCACCAAAGAAGAGGAGCAAAAAAAGAGCAAGACUGCAUCUCCUGAGACAACGGAUGAGGAAGACAAUGGUGGUUCUACAACCAGUGGUUCACAAUCAGGGUCACUGCACCGCCACCAGUUGCUUCGACAUGGUCUUGCUUUAUCAGAGGCUGAAACAAAAAAACAAAAACAUGGGCAGGAGGAGGAUGGGAAAAGGAAAACAAGAGAAAAAGCACACCAAGAUGUAGGAUGUGUUGUUGUGAGCAGCAGUGAAGAAACAAGCGAUUCAGACUUGUGGGAUGAGCUCAGUCAUUCAGAGCAUGAGGAAAUAGGGUCUCAGUCGCUCGCUCAUGAUGAAGAGCAUAAAGAGAGUCCAUCCCGCACACCAAACAGGCCCACCCCUGAUCCUGAUGAAGAGUUUUCUCCAGCCACUGAGGAGCACUUGAAGGUUACACCUCGCGGACGCAGGCAGAUCAGACGGGUCCUGGAGGUGGAGCAGCUGGCGCAGGAGACACAGAGCGCUAUUAGAGCAGAGGAGGAGCGCAGGAAGAGGCUCGCGGAGAGAGAAAGACUCAGGCUGGAGAAUGAGAGGAGAGAGCGAGAGGACGCAGACCCAGAGGUCAUUUUGGUGUCUGAGAGACCAGCUAAUAGCAUCGCACCAUUGGUUCUUGAGCAAGAUGAUGCCACAAAUAAGCCUGUGGUGCAAGUGCACAUGCACUUUCUUAGCAAACUCAAACAACACCAAAGAGAUGGUGUGCGGUUCAUGUGGGACAGCUGCUGUGAAUCUGUUCAGAGUGUGAAGUCAACUCCAGGCUCCGGCUGUAUUCUGGCUCAUUGCAUGGGUCUGGGCAAAACCUUUCAGGUCAUCGUGUUCCUUCACACCGUGCUGUUAAGUAAAGAGCUGCCGCUGAAAAGAGCUCUGGUGGUUUGUCCCCUCAACACUGUGCUGAACUGGAGGAGCGAGUUUGACCAGUGGCAGAGGGGCUUAAAACCCAACGUCCUGUGGGUGGCAGAGUUGGCCACAGCAAAGUCAGUGGCUGUUCGUGUUGAGAUGUUGAACGACUGGUUUAGGAAUGGUGGUGUGAUGAUCAUGGGUUAUGAGGUUUUUCGUAUUCUGACACACACAAAUAGUGCAAAAUACAGCAGACACAAAGAAGACUUCCGCUCUAUGCUCCUGGAUCCUGGCCCUGAUCUGGUGGUGUGUGACGAGGGUCACGUCCUCAGGAACGCAGACUCUAGCAUCUCAAAAGCCAUGCGAGCCCUGAACACACGCAGAAGGAUCAUACUAACAGGAACACCGCUUCAGAAUAACCUCACCGAGUAUCACUGCAUGGUAAACUUCAUAAAGGAGAACCUUCUGGGUUCCCUAAAAGAGUUCCGGAACCGAUUUAUUAAUCCAAUCCAGAAUGGGCAGUGUGCAGACUCCACCCCUGCGGAUGUCAGGCUGAUGAAGAACAGAUCACACGUCCUAUAUCAGCUCAUGUCAGGAUUCAUACAGAGGCGGGACUACUCCGUUUUGACAUCCUGUUUGCCGCCCAAACGCGAGUAUGUGCUGUCAGUCAGGAUGACGCCUCUACAGUGUCAGUUAUACUCACGCUAUCUGCAGACUCGCACAGGGAAAGGAGCAGGACUGAACAGUUUGUUUCAGGACCUUCAUGUUUUGAGCUUGAUAUGGACUCAUCCCUGGUGUCUAAAACUUGCUCAGCUGGCCCGGAAUAAGGGAAAAGAGGAAGCUCCAGUGUUCAAGGCGCUGGAUCCAGGUUUAGAAUCUGUGAAGCCAAAUGCCUCAGAAAGUACAGAGGCAAAGAGCACACGUUUAGUGGGUGAUGGAGAGAGAAAUACCAAUCCAGCCUCUUUAGUCACCGGGUCUCAUCAAAAUCCAAACUCCACAAACCUAGCAUCAGCAGAUUUUCCUGGUGGGGAAGCUGGGGUUAUUGUGGAUAAUGGACCAUCUGCAGACUGGUAUCUGCCAUUUGUAACAGCAGCUGAUGCCAAAGUACUGGAGCAUUCUGGGAAAUUACAGUUGCUGCUAGAGAUUUUACACUGUGCAGAGGAACUACAGGACAAAGUGUUGGUGUUCAGUCAGUCUCUGAUAUCACUGGACAUUAUUGAGAGUUUCCUCCUGUAUGCAGAUGAGAGCAGGGGGAAGGACGUUUGUCCAUAUAAAGGAAAGAAAUCGUGGGUAAAAAAUAAAGAUUAUUAUCGUUUGGAUGGCACCACCAGUGCUUGUGCUCGUAAGAGAUGGGCUCAGGAGUUUAACAACACUAAAAACAUAAGAGGGAGGCUGUUUCUGAUCUCCACCCGCGCCGGCUCUCUGGGAAUUAACCUGGUUGCUGCAAACCGGGUUGUGGUGUUUGAUGCUUGCUGGAAUCCAUCAUAUGACAUUCAGAGCAUCUUCAGAGUCUAUCGCUUCGGGCAGAAAAAACAUGUUUCUGUCUACCGUUUUCUUGCUCAGGGCACAAUGGAGCAGAAGAUUUAUGAGCGGCAGGUUGCUAAACAGUCUUUGUCAUCGCGUGUUCUGGACCAGCAGCAAAUUCAGAGGCACUUCACACUCAGCCAGCUGAAUGAGCUGUACCACUUCCAACCAGAACUACGGCCCAGCAAAUACACAGAAAUGCCUGCGGAUGAGGUGUUGUCCCAACUGCUGCAGAGCUGUGAGCAGCUCAUAGUGGGUUAUCAUGAGCACAACUCACUGUUAGACCACCGGGAGGAAGAGGAGCUGAGCGAGGAAGAGCGCAGAGCAGCCUGGGAUGAGUACCGCGCAGAAAAGAAGGCCUCUGUACAGAACCCCAGUGAAGCCACACCCAGAAACGCCAUCCAGGGGCUACAGGCCUCUGUACAGAACCCCGCACUCGGAAACACCAUCCAGGGGCUGCAGCUUGUUCAUACUCAGCCGCCUAUGACUCGUGGAGUCGUUGUCUAUAGGCCCAGGAACGCUACUCCAGCUUCACUGCCAGUCAGACUAGGCACUGCCCAGCAUGCUGCUUGGGCUAACAACUCCUACGUCAGAUUCCUGCUGGACCAAUCCAAUCCAGCUUUCUCAAUUUUGCAGUCCAAACCCAAAACCUAACCCAAUUCCUCAAUCACAUUUGUGAAAAACAGGGAAUUCUUGAUGCUAAAUAUCAGCAAGUUUGCCCAUAUGAAUGUAUUUUUAACAUCAGAGCUAAAAACAUACCAGACAUCACUUAGGCACAGAGAGCUGGACUGUUGUCAGUUGUACUGAUGUAUAAUGUAUUUUUAUACAGUAUUUGGACCCAUGAUUGAUUUGAACACGAUGUUUGAGACCUGCUUUUCUUACUACCUCAAAACCAAGUAUUAGUAUGUAGGAAAGUAUGUGUUUUGGACAAAAACUGGGAUACAGAUUAAUAAAAUCUAAAAUAAUUUGGUUUUCAAAAGGUUUAAUAAAAGGAAUAGUUUGCCCAAAAUGAUCAGUCUUUCAUUGUUUACUUAUCCUCUAAUUGUUUCUAACCUAAAUGAGUUUCUUCUGUUUACCAUGAAAAUAUAUUUUGAAGAAUGUUUGGCUACCAUCUGGUUACCAACAUCUUUAAAAUAACUAGUGGAUAAAAAAGCAUAGUUUUUUAACUUGAAGGUCAGUAAACAGUGAGAAAAUGUGCAUUUUGGGGUGAGCUAGCCCUUUAAUAUUCCACAAGCUAAAUGCAUUAGCGCGCUCCUCUGUGUUAACUGUUGUUUACAUGUAAUAAGCUUAUAGGAAUAAAAUAGGUGUCUAAUUAAUGUAGGAAGAGUAUAUAGGUGUCCUGUGGAGGCGCUGUUCCUCUGUACUUGACCACUAUGGACCCGUUGCUCCGGUCGCAGAUUCCUCAGAGACAGCGGGGCUCGCGCUGCUC